UGCCCACACCAAAUUAGUUGACGUUGUUAGCUCGUGCCGUAAAUACGAACACUCCCCAUGGCUCCCAAAAUAAUGAUCUUCGUUGUGCUGCUCAGCCUCCAUCUGUCAGCGAGCAACGGUGAGCGGUUGAACACACAGAAGAUACGUCCGAGAUUCAAUGAAGAUCCGGGACGCAUUAUAAAUGGCACAGAGGCCACAAUGGAGGCAACAAGGCAUCAGAUCAGCUUGCGGCGUCGUCUCAACGAUGGCUACUUCUUUGGAACCGGUCACAUUUGCGGUGGUUCAUUGAUCACGCCAAAUGUCGUUCUAUCCGCAGCGCAUUGCUUUGUGGACCAGAUUAUUUACGAUGGUACCUUCGUUCCCAAGGAGACAAUAAUUGUGGUCAUGGGCAAUCUGGAUCGCUUUAACCAGACGAAUACGUUGACUUUUGACAUUGAGUCGCUGAUCCUGCAGCUGGAAAUCUUUAAUCUGAAGACUUAUGACAAGGAUAUUGCUCUGCUGAUACUCAAUGAUUCAGUGCCCGCCAAUCAUCCAACCAUUCGGCCCAUUGCACUAACUGCUUUGGCAGUGCCAGCGGAUAUCGUUUGCCAGGUAACUGGCUGGGGAUAUACUGAGAUGGGUUAUAACUCCGAUCUGCUGAUGUCUGUCGAUGUGCCCAUUAUCGAUGAGAGACAGUGCAUCGAAGACACCGACCUUGGCCAGCUCAUAUUGUCCGGCAUGAUCUGUGCUGGGUAUAUGGAGGGUGAGCGGGAUGCCUGCUCGGGCGACUCCGGUGGACCGCUCGUCUGCCAAAGCCAACUGGCAGGCAUUGUGUCCUGGGGUCUUGGCUGUGCUGAGCCCGAUCGACCAGGUGUUUAUACCGAGGUCUCCUACUAUUAUGACUGGAUAAUUGAGCAGAUCUCGGAGCAUACUGGCGAGGGCAGUGGUGAGGGUAGUGGUGAGGGCAGUGGUGAGGGCAGUGGUGAGGGUAGUGGCGAGGGUAGUGGCGAGGGUAGUGGUGAGGGUAGUGGCGAGGGUAGUGGUGAUGGUGUCGCCAAGCUGACAUUUACAUACGCUAUGAGUGUUGCGGUUCCUGUUCUACUCGGUCUAAGCCACUUUGUGGACGUAAGCCUAGAUUGUUAAGUCAAUGAAGUAAUACUAAUCUAAAAUAAAUAAAAUAAAAAGCAAGUCGUAUUUUGUUGACCAUAAGUAUAUUAGAAAUAAUUUAAAUUGCUCACUCGAAUCGAGAUUGAGUUUUGGACAACUAUAACAAAUGAAUGAUAAUAAACAAGAGACCAUUAUUUAUGAAUACUAA